AUGAUCGAAUCGUCCACACAUCUUGCAAAUAAUUCCUCAAAGGACAUUCAAGAUGAAAUUGCUUCUGCUCCCUCUCAAGUCACUGGUGUCGAUUCGAAUACAGAUCUUACUGCGACCACGACGAAUACCUUAUCAGCGUUUUCAGUGGUAAACAAACUUCAAGAUCGACUCUCCUCUUUGGUGAUCUCCGUUCAGGAUCGAAAGAGUCAUACCUCCUUCAAAUAUUUUCUUUACAUGUUACUUUUUAAUAUUUAUGUCCUGUGGUGUUCCAUGUUCAUUCCCUUAUUGGGUUUAUACAAUUUUGGAGAAUAUGGAUCUCAAGUGUUCACGAUUGCACUGUAUCCAGUUACACUCUCAUUACAAUUGGUUUCCUAUGAUGCUUCGAUCGCUUUGAUGAGUUUAGUGGCAUUCAUUGUCUUGUUACACUUGUUCAUCACGUUUGUGGCACAUCGAUGUGUUGCAAAUUCGAGUCGACACACCAAGAUUGUAUUAAGUAUGAGUCAUGUUAUUAAUCAUGUCAUGGUAUUAGGAGCAUUGGUAUUUACGUUUAUUUUGACGGCAUUUGUAGAUUGUCGAAUGCAACAACCAGUGAAUGCAUUGAUUAGUGACAGUAGUUCAGAUUCUGGUAUGCCAAAACUUGUGCGCUAUCCCACGGUUGAAUGUUACACCUCUCCUAAUAUCAUUACGUAUGCUAUAUCAUGCAGUGUAUUCGCAUUGAUAUUAGUGAGUGUCAUCUUGUCCAAUUUAAUUGCCAGAAAUGGAAAUCCUCUCAAUCGAUCUCUCUUUAUUUCCGAAACAAAUUUUCACUUUGUGCUCCUUGCAGUUUUUAAUUGCAUUGAAAUAUUUUCAACCUUCCUCAUUCCAAACCUGUAUUUGUAUGGAAGAGCCAUCUUACACUUGGGAUUUUCAGUCCUUUGGUUGUUGUAUCUAUUCUUGACAGUUCCUUAUUUUGGUAAAAGAGAGAAUGCCUUAUAUAGCGGAACAGGAUUUGCCAAAAUUGGAGCAUCAAUAGGAUGUCUUAUCUCAUGUUUCGUCAACAAAUCCAACUCGAACGAGAUGGGUCUCGUCAUGAUGGGUUUGACUUUGGGUCUCAUGUUUUGUUUCUUUCUCAUUGGUUACCUUUCGAUGGAAUUGAUCUUGUUCGUUAUUUGCAAGCAAAUAUCACGAAUCAUUUCGAAUCAUCCACACCCCCAGCAAGCAUUCCAAUCCAUGGAAGGAAAGAAACGUUCACUCAAUAUCUUUCUUCGAUUAUGUGUUCACGUGUCACUCUUGUCAAAAUGGGAAAAAACAGAACAUCAAGAAAUGGCACUUUCAAUGGCUCGUGUGAUUACUUCGAAUAAGAACAAUGAUGCAGAACAUGCAGGUUUGCUAUUAACGAGCUCUCUUCUCAUUGCUUAUACAUUUGAAGAUUCAAAUAGUUUUUCGUAUGCCUUGUACUUGUUGAGACGUUGUUUAAAAAGUUCGAGAAAUUUCUUGAUCAAGUUUUCGGUGAAUGAAAGAAUCAAAGAAGUUGAAAUGGCUCAAAAUAAGGAUUCAAAGAGUGCUCAAUGUUUGACAGAAAUUAAGCAAACACUUGAAUCCCUAACGAAAGGAGAGGAAGAAUUGAAAAAUCUUCAUCGACAAUUUUGGAAAGAGUUAUUGAAUGAACAUCCUAAUUUGGAAAAAGUGGACAAGAUUAAUCGAAGAACCAGUCAACUCUCCAUCUCGAUCGAAGAAACCUACGUCAAUCUCAUGUCUGUUCACAGUAAGGAAAAACAAGUCUUGAGAAAAUAUGCCAAUUUCGUCGAAUCGUUUCGAUUCGAUAAGGAAUUAUCUCAACAUCUCUAUCAAGAAGCAGCCAACAUUGAAGAAGAAGAGAGUUCCAAGAAGGCUCAUCAUCAUGGAGAUCCUCACAAUGGAGGAGGUAUUUCCAAUUCCAUUGGAUUUUCAUCGUCCAAAAUUUCAGCCUUUGACAAGAAACGAUAUUCUGCAGCAACGAGUCCUGUGAAAUUUCAUUCCAAUCCCUCGAAUGCUCUCAAUAUGACUGCUGAUUAUUCCACGAAUGGAGAGUUGCAACUCAUCGAUGAAACGACCUUUAAUGGAAUUGAAUCGAAAGAAUUUUCCAAAAAGGAGUUAAUGAUUCGAAAUUCAUUGAAAACCAUUGAUCAGAGAAAGGUAUUGUUUGUGGUCUUUUUAAUAUUCUGUUUCUUCACAGUGACCAUGUUAGUGGCAUGUGCAGUGCUUGCCUUAUACAUCAACAUUUCCAUUGGAACAUCCGUCUCCUUUGUAUUUACUGUUUGUCAAGGUUCAAUGACACCAUUGGCUUUAUUAAGAGAAAUAUCCAUGAUUCAAAACGCGAAUCAAUACAUGAAUGAAGGAUACUCAGUCACACUUUCCGAUCAACCCAUUCUCAAUUUCAUUCAUCAGGAACACAAGAAUAUUCUCAACUUUUACACCAAUCAAGUGGAUAAUAUUUUGAAUGAAGCUCAAUCGAAUACGUUUACAAAACAAUUGUAUGCCAUUGCUUCAGCAGCCACCACUCCAGUACUCAUUCCUUCCAUGUUUGCAAAUAACUCUGUUUCCAAUAAUUCCAACAAUUUUAACAAUUCCAGCAAUUCCUAUAUUUAUUCCUAUGUGAAAAAUUCAUCCCUCAUUGAAACUUUAAACUAUUUAAAGAGUGCAGGAAGAGAUUUUGAAUCAUGGACAGAAAAGGAUUACAAUCAAACCAUUCAGAGUUAUCAAUUCAUGUUUGUUUGGAGAAAUCAUCAAGUGGUUCGAGAUUUAAUGAUGAGUUUUUGUAGCAGUGCUCUUGACAGCAGUAAUGACACUCUGAGUACUUUCUUUCAAGUGUUUGCCAUCAUCUUUGGAAGUAUGGCCUUUUGUUUGAGUACAAGUUUUUUAAUUUACUUGAUUCUGAUGAGAGGAUUGAUGGAUGGAACAGAUCAAGUGGCUAAAAUGUUGAUGCAUGCCUUAUCGAAAAAUGUCAUUGGAAAGAUUUAUCAUGAUUUGGCAUCGAAAACGGAUGAUGAUGGAAAGGUCAAUUUACCUUCGACGGCACUCACCAAACCAAAGAAUUUAUUCUUCAUUUUGGGAGUCGUGGCGUUUGUGUUUUGUGUGUUGGCCUGUGGAUUGAUGGUGAUGGAAACCAAUUCGAAUUUGUCUCUUUCGAAUAUAACCAUGUUGAAUGUGGUGCAUGGAACGGGAUUGUUACGUUUCAUUAAUAGAGCCAAUUUUAGAAUUAAUUCGUACUUUAAAUUCUUAUCGUUGAGUAAGAACACGUUGAAUGAUCCUGCGAUGGCUUCGAACGACGAAAUUCUUUCUUAUAAUGCUGAAUUGAAGAUGAGAAUUUCACAAAUAUUUAAUGAAUGGAAUUAUUUAAUUUAUGGAGGAGGUGACACGGAUCCCUCGGUUGGGCGUUAUCAAGCCAUUGAUGACAUUGUUCAAGGAGUGAAUAAUUGCACCCAACUCUUUCAAAGCAAUUCUCGAAACAUGACUGACUUUGGUGCAUUCAAAUUGAAAUAUUGUACGGGUUUGGAAGAUUUGAUUGCGUUCUAUGCACGUUCUACCUUGGAACUCAAUGACAACUUUAUGAGUCCACAAUUUGUUUCUAAAAAAGACAAUGCAUUUCAUUUCGUAUUGAAUUUGUACUAUGCCACCAACUUACUGUGCCAAAAGACCAUCGACUUUAUGACACUCUUUGUGAAAUAUUCCUCAUCACCCUCCAAAAUGAUUACUAUUUUGUUUGUAUCCUUGGGUACCUUCUUUUUAGGUGGUCUAUUUUACUACAUGUUUAAGCUGAUCGAGAAAAACAAAUUGGACUUCUUCAAUAUGAAAAUGAUGCUCAAUUAUUUACCUCUUGAAUUUAUUGAUAACAAUGAGGUGAUUAAGCAAUUUGUGCUUUAUAACCAAAUUGCCCAUCAACAUUCCAAUGCCAUCAUGAAAGUGUCAAGCAAAAUCAUGAAGAAAAACAAUCAAGUGCAUGCCACUUCAGCAAUCUCUGGAGACAAUGGAAAAGUAUUUAGUGUUCUAAACUCGUCCGUGGACGGAGCUAUCAUGUGUGGAGAAGAUGGUUCUAUUGAAUUCAUUAAUAAUGCAGCGCUUAAAAUGUUUGGAUGUGGAAAUAGAGCCGAUGUGGUUGGAAUGUCCAUGUACAUCUUAUUUGACAGCUCUCACAAGGCAUUGAUUGAAACGACCAUCGAACAGCUCAAGCAAACUGCCUUUAAAUAUCAAAACUCUGAAACAUGUGGUGAGAUUUUGGAAGUUGAUUGCCUGAGAAGAAACUCAACCAAAUUCCAUGCUAAACUUAAUGUAUUUGUGGUCAUAUUUGAGAAAGGAGCUCCUGUUAUUACAUGUUUCAUUAAGGACAUUACUUCAGAAAAGAAACAAAACGCACUGCUUGCCGAAGAAAAAGCCAAAUCUGAGCACUUGCUGAGAAAUAUUCUUCCAGAAUCUGUGGCUGCCAAACUCAAAACUGGAGAGACGUUCAUUGCUGAGAAGUUCAAUGAUGUCACCUGCUUCUUUUCAGACAUGGUUGGGUUUACAAAAAUGUCAGCAGGAAUGAAUCCCACUCAGCUAGUGGGUAUGCUCAAUCACAUUGUCAAUGGGUUUGAUAAAAUGACAGAAAAAUAUCAACUAGAAAAGAUCAAGACCAUUGGUGAUGCAUACUUUUGUGUGGGGGGCCUUCCUCCUCAUGAUACGAGUGACCAUCCUGAGAGAGUGAUGAGAUUCGCUAUUGAAACUUUCACUGUGGUGAGGGAGUUCAAUAUGGAAAAUGUUGAGCCUCAAGUAGAUAUUAGAAUAGGUAUUAAUACUGGAUCAGUUAUUGCAGGAGUGAUUGGAACAAAGAAGUUUGCCUAUGAUUUGUGGGGUGAUAGUAUCAAUGUCGCAUCAAGAAUGGAAUCAACAGGUGUUCCAGGAAGAAUUCAAAUAUCUCGCUCCACCUAUGAAAGAGUUCACGACUUGGGAUGGACUUUUGAGGAGAGAAAGGUCGAAGUCAAAGGAAAAGGUCUUUGUCAAACCUACUUAUUAUGUGCUGAGCAUCAUCAAAGAGCCACCAUGAAGUCAGCAGAAAUUGUUAUGUGA